GAGCGCAGGAUAAAGUAGCUUGCAUAGGCGCAUGUGAGCCAGCAUUGACGACAGGCUCUCGCUGAGAAUCAGCCUUAUAUACCAGGGCUAAAAUUAGGGGCGAGUAUUGCUCUACCUCCAUCCUGAACGUGUUUCCUGCGCUUACUACAAUUGGUCCAGCUUUGCAGUGAGGAUAUUUAAAAGGUAGGCUCUCCUACCAAUCCAAAUUUACUUAUGCGUUUGAAUUCCUCUAGUGAAGUAACAUAUCUCUCGGAUCCACUUUAAGUAUUUCUCCACGGAACUGUAUUUGACGCGCAGAUAACAUCUGGCAACUCAAACAUAACUAUAGAGAAAUUUUCAUUUCUCUUACCACUGCAUCCUACCUUUGGAUAUGGCUCUCGCCGCAACUAUUUUGCCAUCAAUCUCAACUUUUACUCCGCAAAGAGAAAAAUUUUGGGAAAAUAGGUGGAAGGGUGAAAUUGACAGGUCCAUGCAUUCCAGUUGCUCCGUGCUCGACAGCACACACAAAAUGGACAGCCUAGGAAGACCGGAGGACGAGGAUCUUGACAAGUAUCUAGACUUGGAUUUUAUCCUGGCGAACAGCACCGGCUCUGCCAACGCAGCCACUCCAGUACCCGCCGUUACGGGCGACUACAGACUGUCAGAAUCCAGCAGCCUCUACAGCGAGGGGAUGGCACCUGGCUCGUACUCCAUGCCCGAGAUGCACACACCUCCUCCGCCGUACAGCACCACCAGUCUCAUGGCGGAACUUCUCAGGUCCGAGGUGGAUAACAACUAUUGCCAAGCUCUCCCUGGCAACAGCAUCCAGGGGAGAUUUCUCGUACGACCAUCCUUCUCGAGUCAGGAAUUUGGACUUUUGGACAAUGUCAAGCAAGAGCCCAUGGACAGUAGUUACGGGCCAGUUAUGGGGAUGGUACCUAAAAUCAAACAAGAGGCGAACGUGUCCUGCAUGAUGUCCUAUGGAGAGCAACCGAGGGUUGCCCACUCUCCGCAGUCCACCGGGAACAUGACCCCGCCACUGAGUCCUAACGACCUCUUGCACUCGGACUGCCAGCCUCAACUGUGCCACACCAUGUCAUUUCCCCAGGGCUACCCUGCCGCGACAGGUUUCCCCCACUCGAGCGCGCGCCCUCACCAUCCGCCCGCGCCUCACCAGCUCCAAAUGCCGUACCCAAGUGCGCACCAUUACAGCAUGUGCGAAGACGGACUCGGCGCAACCAUGAACAGUCAGAGAGUUUUGCUUACGCCCCCGUCGUCUCCGCUCGACAUCAUGGAUGCCAAACCCAAGAGAGGACGACGCACCUGGCCGAGGAAACGCACCGCAACUCACGUCUGCACCUAUGAGGGCUGCGGCAAGACGUACACCAAGAGCUCGCACUUGAAAGCGCACCAAAGAACGCACACAGGUGAGAAGCCAUACCACUGCAGCUGGGAGGGUUGUGGCUGGAAGUUUGCCAGGUCCGAUGAGCUGACGCGCCACUUCCGUAAACACACCGGACACCGUCCCUUCCAGUGCCACCUGUGCGAGCGCGCCUUCUCCAGGUCGGAUCACCUGGCACUGCAUAUGAAGAGGCAUAUGUGAGAGGCACCAUGGAAACCACCCAAAGAACUCUUUACACUGAUGCAAGCACACAAGCACGUGUGCUUUUGAUAUUUGCAUUAUUGUUUUGUUUUUGUUUUUUUCAUUUCAUCAUAUUUAAGGAUUUCUAGGGAUAAACAGAGUGUUUGUCAGUAGACCCACAGACAAACAUGGAUAAACUUGACAUAGUAUUCUAUAGAUCUGAAAUAUGUAGCUGGUACUACUUUUUAACAAAGUAUAUUUUUAAAAAGUGUUAGAUAGGCUUACUUCUGCCAUUAACAAUAGGCUGGACCUAAGUACACAACUGACUGGAAGUAUACUGGAACCAUACAGCAAACCUCUGAUGAUGAUGAGCUGUUGCUUUCUCUCACCACAUUGCCUUAUUUUAAACAAUGUAUUUACAUGCAUACGAGUGCCAUUGGGUUUAUUGGCAAACAUAUAGGCCUAUAUAUAUUUUCAAAUCUCAGUUGUUGAAACAGCACAUGGAAAAUAAGCUUUAAGACAAUGUUUUGAACUAAAACUGCCUUACCGUCUCAGGCUUGAACUAGGAAUUUCAUUUGUGCAUUGUUUUCGAGAUUGUAAAUCAGGGUCUAUAACUAUGCUUUAACAUGUCUUAUCCAAACUGUUUUUUUUAAAUCAUUCCAGACAGUCUCAAAUGUUUUAUGUGACAAGGGACAAAGUGAAUUGUGCAAAAAAAAAAAAUCAUAAGAUUUUGUAUGUGAAGCCUUUUCGACUUGUACAUAAUUUAUACAAUGUAUAUAGUGUAUUUUAUGUACAUAAUAAACUUGAUUGAAAUAUA